AAACAGCUUGCCAUACAUGCUGUGUCAUCUACCCCACGUGCAGUGCCCUGUAAUCCAUUAUGCGUGGUCUGUCUGGUGCUCUUAGUUUUUUAAAAACCUCUCGCGGAUAUUAUUGUCGACGUUCAUAUGGAGUACUCACCGGACAGCAGCACACAAGCUCAGAUUCAAAGCAGUAUGAUGGACGGUUUUAUCCAAGUCAUAUCCCAACAAGUUCUGUUCAGAAGGCUGUUUUGGCUUUAGGUUCUGGUGUCGUUGCUCUGAAGAACCCCUACAGACAUGAUAUGGUUGCGGUGCUUGGGGAAACCACAGGGCACCAGGCCCUGAUCAAGUUAAGGAAUCGGAUGAGAAAUGACCCAGAGGGUUGCACUAUUCUCAAAGAGCGUCCAAGAAUCCGUAUGUCUACUUUAGACCUCACUCGAAUGUCUGCUUUGCCAGAUGGGACUUUAGGAAGAGAGUAUCUCCGUUUCCUAGAAGAAAAUAGAGUCACCCCUGACUCAAGAGCUGAUGUAAAGUUUGUAGACGAUGAGGAGCUAGCAUAUGUCAUGCAACGAUAUCGUGAGGUCCAUGACCUUUUGCAUACCUUGCUUAAUAUGCCAACCAAUAUGCUAGGUGAGGUUGUUGUGAAAUUGUUUGAAGCUGCACAGACUGGUCUGCCCAUGUGUGUUCUGGGUGCAAUGUUUGGACCCCUCCGUCUGUCUGUCAGUCGUCUACAGUUGCUGGUUCAGUCUCUGGGACCAUGGGCUCUGCACAAUGGUGGUCGUGCCCGAUGUGUUCUGAGCAUGUUCUAUGAACGGCGCUGGGAGCAGAACCUUGAUAAAUUGAGACAUGAGCUGAACAUUGAGCCACCACCUGUCAAUCUGAUCUUAUCCAUCAAGAAUACAUAUUCAAACUCGUAGUACGCUCACCUGUCUAACUGAUGAAAAUUUUAGCUUGUGGGAAAUCAACA